GUGAUCCCUCACUACAGUGAACUGUCUCUGCCCAACAUUGAACUAGUGUUCCUUCCCUCACUGUGUGGGACAAUGUUAUCUGGGAUGUACGUGAUGUUGACCUUGGUGGUGGUAGUGACUGGUAAAUUAGACCCUCCUGAGAGACCUUACAAGAUACUGGUACUGACUCCAGUCUCCUCCCAGAGCCACAAGAACGUCUUCAUGCCGCUUGCCAGGGCUCUGGCUGACCGUGGUCACCAGGUAACGAUAUUGUCGAAUAACACGAAGUUGUCUGAGUAUCCCAACAUUACCGAGGUUCCUCACGGACUGAUUCCAGCCGAGCCUCUAGAUGCCUUUAUGUACAGGAAGGACUGGACUGGCGGGUGGACCAUGUUUGAGGUUAUUCUUCCCAAUUUUGCCCAAAAUUUAUACAAGAUUCCUGCAGUGAAGGAGCUUUACGAGAGGAGGAAGGAGUUUGAUCUCUUCCUGGUAGAUCAUGCGUUUAAUGAGGUGAGAAGUAGCAUGUAUUAUUCUCGUGUGAGGAUGAGUCAUAAUGAGGUGAGAAGUAGCAUGUAUUAUUCUCGUGUGAGGAUGAGUCAUAAUGAGUCAUAUUCAUGUCUAGUCUAA